AUGAUGACCAGCUGGUUACAAGAGCCGAUGGAACCCAUUCCUGAAGAGGGAGAGGAAUGGGUUGUACCAAGCUCGGGUAAUCGCAAAACUGUUCGAAAACGGGAAAUCUUCACCUCUGAGCAAGUCGAUACGCUUAUAAGUACAGUCCCGAAGGAUACAGUUCCGGCUGAUUGGAUUGUGGAGAACGAAGUCAUUGAUCCAGAAAUGGCUUCUUCUUACAUGACAGAAUCUCUGGCUGGACCUCAUAGCGCAAGAGGAACAACGUUUUCAUAUACCUAUGAAUCCCACUAUGACAACCCACCGGAAGAAGAUGAACAGGCUGCUGAUGGAUCGGGUACACAUCAAACCCAUAAGGUUACUAAAGUGACAAAGGUCACUACGACCCGCAGCGUUCGUCAGAUUCCAGUUGGCUCUCCUUAUGGAGAUUUGUAUUUUGACAGCUCUGGGCUUCCUACUCCUUCUCCAGUUGUAGAAAUAGAUAAUGCAGUAGAAGAACUAGGAAUAAGGUUACGUAACACUCUUGAAGAGCGUGGGGCUCCUCCACCUGCUCCACCUGUUGGUAGCCGGUAUGGAAACGUUCCGGAUGAUUCUCAAGUUCCCGGUGAACCAGAUGCUCCCAGUAUCAUUCAAAUGGGUUUAGGAGAAGUAACUAUUUCUUGGAGUCCUCCAAUUCAUGGUAGUGCUCAAAUCAUUGGCUAUCAGAUUGAGAUGCGGGAUGUACCAAAUGGAGAUUGGGAGCGGGCCCAUGAUCAAUUGCUGAGAGAAACAACAUGUACAGUAACGAAUCUGGAUACACUUGGUGAAAUUCAGUUUCGAGUUUCUGCUGCCAGUCGAGACGGAUUUGGACCUCCUUCCGCUGCUUCAUUACCUGUGAAAGUUCCAAUGGAAUAUGGACAUGUGCCAGUUGGAACUUCAAGUGUCCCUUCACCACCAGGGAAGCCCAGUGUGAUAUCAGUGGACGGACACCGAGCCACAAUCCAAUGGGCUGCUCCCGUUGUCACUUCCGAGACAUCACCUAUUGCUGGAUAUCAGGUUGAGUAUAGAGCGUUUGGUGCUGCUGACUGGAUGAUUGCUAAUGAUGAACUUAUUAAAGACAAUAUUUUCACAUUCGACAAUUUGAGACCUAAUGGCGUUUAUGAGUUCAGGGUUAGAGCUAAAAGCGCUGAUGGUUUGGGUUUACCUAGCAAAAGUACUGAGCCUAUUCAUAUCAAACCAGCAGCUCCACAAAGAGGAAUUUCAUCAAGGACGACUACAAGUGACAUUAGGCCUCCGGGUCAGCCUCAGUUAGAUGAGGCUGAUAUGGAUUGGGUUAAGUUAGAAUGGUCUGAGUCUUCUCCUGGUGCUGGAUAUAUAGUUGAAUUUCGUGAAGUGGGAGACCCUAAUUGGUAUAUCGCUAAUCCACACCCAAUUACUCAAAACUGUAUACAAGUUGAAGGACUUCGACCAGGGUCAACAUACGAGUUUAGAGUGAUCAGCGUUGUUGGUAACUCUGUCUCCGAACCUUCCGAAGUUUCCGAUGUCAUUGCUCUGAGGCCGCUUUGGAAAUCAUCCGGUGUGAAAGGUGCUCCAGAGAGACCACAAGCUCCCGAAUAUCUCGAGAUCGAUGGUGACCGAAUUACAAUCUGUUGGCUUCCAGCGCUUAGUAGUCUUCCCGUUUUGGGUUAUGAUGUAGAAUUUCGAGAUUUUCAACAAGACGUCGGCUGGUAUAAAGUUAAUGAUCAACCCGUUCAUGCUUGCAAAAUGACAGUUGGCGAUCUUAUUGAUGGACACGAUUAUCAGUUCCGCGUACUCGCUCACAACGUAGUCGGAUGUUCGGAGCCUUCCGAACCCUCUAAUCCUGUUACAAUCAAGCCAUCGCCAGGAGAUGCUAAGUUUGUGGAAGCAGAAAGAUUUGGAGCUGUUAAACUGUUGCAAGAAGAAAUGAUACGCGAAUCUCCUCCAUUACCGGAACGAGAUGACUCUCCUCCCCCGCUCAAUCGUCAUCCUCAUAACAGUGGCAGUCUUCAAUGGCGUGAUCCCACUUUGAAAGAAGUAAUAGAUUAUCUAGAUAGUCAUGAUAGUCAUAAACAGCUCAAUGCUAGUGGAUUUUUACAGCAUUUAACAUACUCUGAUGAUUUAGUGAAAGAUGAGACUAGAGAGCUUGGCGGAAUCCCCAAACUCAUUCAUCUUCUAAAGCAUGAAAAUCCUGCAAUCCAAAGGAACGCUUGCGCAUGUAUUAAGAACUUAUGUUUCCGUAGUGUCAACGAUAAGAACAAGUUUGCUGUUCUGGAUGCUGAUGGUGUACGAUUAUUGGCUGCAUUACUCCAAACAACGCAUGACAAUUCUGUCAAAGAAGAAUGUACUGCGGCUUUAUGGAAUCUGUCUUCGUCAGAUAUGUUGAAACCGGCCAUAUUGAAAUCCGCAACGGAUGUUCUUGUUCAACAGGUUGUUGUACCCGGUGCUGGAUUCCACCAAAAUGGAUUAGUGACGGGAGCAAAUGGUGAUCCUUUGAAACACUAUAGCAGUUUAUUAUUUAAAAAUGCAACUGGUGUUCUGAGGAACAUUUCUGCGUUCAACACUGAUGCUAGGCGACAACUCAGAGUUGUUCCAAACCUCAUCGAAGGGCUCGUUCACUUUUUGACCAUUGCAAUCGAAAGAAAUCAAGCUGACUCAGAAACUGUUGAGAAUGUCGUUUGCAUUCUUAGGAAUUUGAGUUAUCGCAUUCAAGAAGUAGAAGACCCAAAUUAUGAUCCUACCCCCUAA